AACCAUUUCACAACCAUAACCACUUAUCGAGCUCAAAACAAACCAAAUUCACAGAAAGAAAGAGAUCGAGAAGCUAAUUAGCUGUUUAGCCCAACUGAUCAAUACUUGUUAAAAUGGCCUCUUCCCAGCUCUUCUUUGUCCUUGCCAUUCUAGCAAUUGUUGCCCCUUCAAUUUUGGCCACAGAUUUUAUCGUUGGCGAUGACAAAGGUUGGACCAUUAAUGUUGAUUACCAAGCCUGGGCUCAGGGAAAGCUCUUCGUUGUCGGUGACAACCUCGUUUUUAACUACCCAGAAGGAGUUCACAAUGUUCUCAAAGUGAAUGGAACUGGGUUCCAAGAAUGUGCAGCUCCUGCAGGCACUGUGGCAUUAACAAGUGGAAAGGAUGUGAUAAACCUAGCAACCACAGGAAGAAAAUGGUACAUUUGUGGUGUUUCUAAGCACUGUCAAGUUGGACCCCAGAAGCUGUUCAUAACUGUGAUGCCAGCUUCCUUUGCUCCUAGCCCAAGCCCCACUACCUCUGCAGCAACUACCAGUUCUGUUAAUGGAGCAAGAUUAGGGUGGAUGAUCGUUGUUUUUGGCAUUCUUGGGAUAUUCAUCUAGGAUUGGACUAGAUGAAUACACUGUCAAUAUUCUUUUCAAACUGUUUCUGAGUAUUUGAUUAAUUCUUCUUCCUGUUACAAAGU